AUGAACUUCCCGACCAUUCGUGAGAAUCAACAUGAGAACGCGUUUGGGAUGGCGAUGGCGAGGAUGGGAGAUAUGUUUGGAACGAAGAAGGCGGGCUCUCUCUGGAAGAACACCACAGCACAGCAUCAUAAGCUCAAGGAGCUGGAGCUUUCAAACCUUGACCAGCUCAAAGACUGCUUCUUUCGUAUCAAUCACUCCGGUGGGCUUGAUCCACAGCAGUUUGUUGAGGCCUUCUCCAAGAUAGACGCGAACGGGGAUGGACGGGUUUCAUGGGAAGAGUUCUCUGACUACGUGCUCUCCGAAUCCCUCCAGCGUAGCGAACAGCUCCAUGAUGGGUUGGAGUUCAAGAUCUUUGAUGACCCACAGCAAGACGAGGAGGGUUCGACACAAAACCAUCACCGCGACAUGAUACUGGGUAUCGCUUACCUCAAGGAGCUGAAGCGAUAUGUCACCUGCAGCAAGGACGGCACCGUCAAGUCCUGGAGCAGCAGCAGCCGCAGGCUCAUCGCUACCCUCGUCGUCUCUCACUCCAAGUGCAAGACAUGGGCGACCUGCUGCUGCGAGAUGGGAGGGCUCAACGUGCCGAGCCUGACGCAAGGAGCUCUGGCUGUCUGCACGUCCUCGAGGAAGCUCAUCGUCAUCGACGUCAAGGGCUUCCACAGCGUUCACACCAUCGAGCUGCCGGAGAGCAUGAUCCCCUUGUGCUGUACCUCGUUCCACGUAAGCAAGGGGCAAAGGCAGGAGGACAAGGCUCAAGGCUACGAGCACUUGCUGGCUGUGGGAGACGAGGAGGGGAAGGUGACGGUGAUCAAACAGUCUCCUCGGCUCUUGAGCGUAACGAGAGUCCAAGAGCUGGACCCGUUGGUCCUCAAGCAGCACCAGGACCACGUCACUUACUGCUCCUACAUCCGCACGCUCGACACCAUCCUGUCCACCUCCCUGGACGGGUCCAUCUGCCUGUACGAGAUCCCCUCCAAGCAGACGAAGCGCUUCAAGGGUCAUGCUAAGCCUGUCUUCUGCGCCGUCUUCUGCACUAACUUCAACUACGUGGCCUCGGGUGGGCAGGAGCGGGUGAUCAUCCUGUGGAACCCGUACACGCUGAAGCGCAUCACGUCGCUGCACGGGCACAACGCGUGUAUCACCUCAAUCGUGUUCAACGCCAAGCACAGCCACAUCAUCAGCAUCUCCUCCGACAAGGACGUGAUGGUGUGGGACCCCAAGACCUACCAGCUCCUCCUGCGCGUGAAGGACCAGAAUGUCUACAGACCAGAAAACGAGUUCUCAUGCGCGUACUGGAACGAGAGCGAGACGCGGCUGGUGGUGGGUCACUCGAAGCUGCAAGUUCGACCGUACAAGGGAGACCUCAAGGAUAGCAACCUGAGCCUCGCAUCUCAUAAAGCUCCCAUCGUCGCUGCCAUGCAGAACUCCGUCUUUCAGAACAUCAUCACCGUCGACUACCUGGGCCUCGUCAUCGUCUGGAGCCUCGACGACGGCGAGCAGAUCACGGCGUUCAAGUGCAAGCAGAGCAAGAGCUUUGACACGACGGCAGUCUCCUUUGACAUCACGACUAGGCGACUCAUCCUAGGAAGCGCCCACGGGAAGGUGUACAUCUUCAACUGGAACAGCGGGGUGAAGCUCAACGAGCUUGUGAGCGAUGCCGAGAAGGAGAUCACUUGCAUCUCCUUCUGCGAGGCGAGUCAGCGGACCUGUACUGUCGCGGCAGGAUGGGACAGAAAGAUCUACCUGUGGAUCGAUCCUCCCGACACCUUCCACCAGCAGCCCAUGAAGCGCAUCGACCUCAUGACCUCCAUGGACGUCAUGCGCAUGGUCUGGAUCCAGCCCAUCGGCACCCUCGCGCUCGCCAUGUACGACGGGAGCCUGCGAACCUGGUCGACGGUCGGGUCAUGGAAGAAGGGCAUCACGAUCAAGCUCAAAGAGGCGGAAGACGCGACGUUUGAGAACCAAGGCUCGGCCGCCAUCAACUGCAUCACGUGGAUGAAGAAGGCGGAGACGAAGGAGCCUUUCUUCGCGACCGCCCACAUGGACGGCAUGAUCCGACUGUGGCAGCCGCAGGACGGGAAGCAGCUGGGAGUCUUCGAGGCGGGCCAUCGCGAUCGUAAGAUCAACGUGGACGGGAGCCGAACGGUGCUGCCUGCCAUCGUCAUGGACGUGGACCGGGAGAACCACCUGAUGAUCACUGGCGACGGGGUCGGGCAGGUGCGCGGAAGCGACUGCAGCAGCGUGUGCAAGCGGCUGGUCAAGCUGAAGAUCAAAGUGGUCGAGGCUGCCGAGCUGCCAGCUGCUGACGCCAACGGGUUCUCCGACCCAUACGCCAUCCUGCACGUGAACAAGAAGAAGUUUCAGACGGAGGUUGUCUUGAAGGACCUCAAUCCCGUGUGGGAGCAGGAGUUCGAGGUCGAGCUCGGGCUGUUCGACGAGAGCCAAGUCAACGCAACGGCCACGGCGAUCUACAUCCAAGUGCUGGAUCAAGACAAGUUCGGCAGCGAUGACCUCCUCGGUAUCCUCCACAUCGACACGGCCCUGGUGCAGGAGGGUCGCAUCCACGACGCCUGGUAUCCUUUGGAGGACCCGGAACCGGAGCUGAACAACUACAACGGCAAGUACGGGAGGAUCCGCUUGCAGAUGUCGCUGGAGGUGAUGUGGAACAGCCCGAGCGUGAUGUUCGAGUGGCAGGCGCACGAGGAGGAGCUAGUGUUCAUCGCGAUCUCUCAGUCCAGCGAGAGCUCCAAGUCGCUCAUGGUAACGUGCGCCAAAGACAACUACGUGAAGCUCUGGACCAUGAGCGGAGUUCUCAUCGGAUGCUUCGGGCAUGACGUCUGGACGAUCCAGCUGAUCAAAGAAGCGAUCACGCACGGGGCUGAGAGGCAGGCCCAGCUGAUCCUCAACGAGAGGAUGAGGCACGAGCUCGAGGAGCAGCAGCUUCGCAAGUGGAAUGAGGAGCUGAGAAAGAACCAGGAGGACGCGCGACGACUGGAGGAGGAGCGCCAGCAGAUGCUCGAGUACAGGGCGGCCAAGGUCGCAGACCGGGAGAAGCGAGAGGAGUACAUCCGCGUGCUGGAGGAGUCGAACAAUGUCAACGACCGGAUCUACUCCAAGAUCCUCCGCACUGGAAUCCCCGAGGACACCUACCAGAUUCUCAGCCAGCCGCUGCUGGACUCCAUCAUCGAAGGCAAGGGAAGGCCGACGGACUGGCGGUUCGCCAUGGGCAGAACAGUCAGACCGCACGACGACGAUGCUGCUGCGCUGCCUGCCAGGAGACGCCCACCUGUUGCAGAGCCCAGCAGACCGACGGGCUUGUCAUUUGAGAGCGCCUACGCCAGCUACACGCUGACAGACGUUGACAACAUUCCCUGGCAAGACCAGGCGAGCGAGCCCAGCACCAUCCCUCGACGCCCCCACAACACUGUCGCUGCUCUCUAUGAGAGUCAGGACGGAGAGCAGCCCGCGGGCGGCAAAAUAAACUUCAACGAGGCGGUCAACUCUGCUGGUGCUGGCGGCUCUGCUGGAGCUGGCGGGAUGGCCAGCAAGGUCGAGCAUCUGCUUGCAAGCCCGUCGCUUGUGUCGGAGGCGAACAGAGUCUUGAGCUCUACAGAGAACAGGACGGAGACGAUCAAGCCGAGGGUGGUCGGAGCUCUCGAGCCGCAGGGCCUGAGCAGCAACGUGAGGAAACUGCUGACGACAAGCCUGCCGACAACGAGGCCGCGAGGGUCGUGGACCUUCGACGAGAUCACCUUGAAGGAAAGCGGGCAGGGGAGGAUGCGACGUCAGAUUCCGCGCUUUGACCUCUCGGCGAUCAACCAGGAUCGGGAUAGAACAGCAGCCGAAGCUGCAUCCUCCAAGAUGGAAUCAAGCCACCUCUGGAGCCGAUCCUCCUUGACUCCUGAGUCAGACUACAGGAACAGACCGGAAUCUUGGCGGAUGCCUUACAGUCCCGGCAUGGGAGCAGAGGGUCGGCCUCACUCGCUCCUGGUGUCGGUGGAGGACGAGAGCUCGAGGGCGACAGGCUUGUCUCUUCGUGAGUUCGACUCUAGACCGCCGACUACUCCCCGGGUCGUGCGAGUGAAGAAGCUUGACCUCAGCAACCUCCGGCCCAGCGCCCAGCAGCAUCGUACUCCACACCCCCCCUCAGCUGGACUGUCCACAGCGAGGACAAGGCCGCAAACUUCAAGGAUGGCCUCCAGCAGGCUGGGAGAAGAGAAGAAGCCAUCUAACUCGAGCUCGUCCAUCCCUCGCCAUCGCUUGCGGCCCUUCACAGCAAGAGACGGGAAAUUCCGAGGGAGUUAG